AGGUGAUGAAGGCAAGACCAUCAUGUUUCCCAGACAUCUGAAUCCGGAGAUUUUCGCAUUGACAAGUUUUCUUCUCAUUGUCGCCACCAAAAAUGCCUACUGUAAACCAAAAGGUGGCAGAGGGGGAGGUCGUGGUGGAAUCGCUUCAUAUGGUGGAGGAGGAUUUGGCAGAAUUUCCUAUUCAUCUGCGAGAUGGGCAGCAUUGUCUCCAGCAACGAAGGUCAUGGUGUUCGUCUUCGGUGCAUUCUUGGGACUAUUCUUCCUCGUAGGACUCUAUCGAGCGUACUCGUGGUGCACGAAAGAUACCGGCAGACGUUGA